AUGGCCAUCCCUUAUAGGCUCACCUUUGCUUCUCUGUACAAAGCGGGAUCGAUGACCUCUCACUUCAAAAUGCGUUUCAUCCGAGAACAACAUUUUUUUUCCAAUCUUCCACCGUCCAGUCUUUAUGAGAUUUUAGCCAGUGGAUCUGUUAAUGAUCUAUCUAUCUAUCUAUCUAUCUAUCUAUCUAUCUAUCUAUCUAUCUAUCUAUCUAUCUAUCUUAGUCUGUUAAUGAUCUAUCUAUCUAUCUAUCUAUCUAUCUAUCUAUCUAUCUAUCUAUCUAUCUAUCUCUCUAUCUAUCUAUCUAUCUAUCUAUCUAUCUUAGUCUUUUUUUCUGUCUUUCUCUUUUCGUUUCUUUUAAUGUCUUUUCUUCAUUUCUGUUGUAGAGGCUUGAGUGACGAAUCAAUUGAAGCUGUCGUUUCCCUAUCUGAAAAAAAAAAAACUUCCCGACUGUGUCUUCUUAAAUAA